AUGGCGACGGACAAUCCCUUUCGUGAUCCCGCGACUUCCUCGGACGAGCUCGGCCGCGACAAUUCCGUUACGAUGGAUUCUACUUUGGCCGUUGGGAGAGAUGCGUCAUUGUCCCUGGGAACGGACUCGUUGGUCGUGCUGGACGAGGCAUUUGAAAAUGGAGGCAUAGGCUGUUGUGGGCUGUGGCCAUCAGGCACCGCAAACACACGCUCAGUUCCAUUUUAUAAUAUCCUUUGGGCUGAGCUCCAAGGUGACGUGCUUUCAAUUGACUAUGCUGCUUCGCUCUCGAAAACUACAGUCCGGCCUGCGACUCUCAAGUACCCCGUCGAAAAACCUGACCUGGACCGAGUGAACAAAUGGCUUGGCAAGUUGUUAGAUCGUUCAUAUGGGGAAGCGCAAAGGAGGAAACGCGCAAAGAUUCUGGUCAAUCCCUACAGUGGGAAAGGAAGUGCUGAGAAAUGGUAUCGCCGAGAUGUGGAACCUCUCUUAAAGGCAGCACGAUGUAGUAUUGAUAUGGUCAAGACAAGAUAUCGUGGUGAGGCAGUGGAGAUAGCCGAGAAGAUGGAUAUUGAUGCCUUCGAUACUGUCGUGGCCUGUUCCGGCGAUGGUCUUCCUCACGAGGUAUUCAAUGGUCUUGGAAAGAGAGCGGAUGCCAAGAAGGCGUUGUCGAAAAUGGCAGUUUCCCAUAUCCCCUGUGGGAGUGGUAAUGCUAUGAGCUGUAAUGUGAAUGGAACGAACAGCGCAAGUCUGGCUACCCUAGCCAUCAUCAAAGGCAUACCAACUCCCUUAGAUCUGAUAUCGAUCACUCAGGGGGAGACCCGGACGCUAAGUUUCUUAUCUCAGUCCGUCGGCAUUGUGGCGGAGUCCGAUUUGGCUACUGAGAACUUGCGAUGGAUGGGUUCCGCGCGAUUCACGUAUGGAUUUCUAGUACGGCUCUUGGGGAGAACCGUCUACCCCUGUGAUCUCGCGGUAAAAGUUGCCAUAGAAGACAAACCGUCAAUCAAAGAGCAUUAUGGAAAAGAGCAAGACAACGACGAGCCAGCAAGUGAACGAAGAGGAUACAAGACCCUCCUCGACGACGAUGCCUCGGCGAGCAGUGGGAACGAGGAUGGGUUACCGGCCCUAAGAUAUGGGACGGUUAAUGACAAGCUUCCUGAAGGAUGGGAACUGAUCCCAUAUGACAAGAUGGGGAAUUUUUAUUGUGGAAAUAUGGCAUACAUGGCUGCGGAUACUAAUUUCUUCCAAUGCGCUCUUCCAAACGAUGGUUACAUGGACCUUGUCUGCAUCAAUGGCGAUAUCAGCCGUCUAGCAGCAAUACAGAUGAUGCUUGCCGUCGAGAACGGCAAGUUCUUCGAUAACCCAUUAGUUUCAUAUCGCAAGAUACUUGGCUAUCGCAUCAUACCCAAAAAUCAGAAAGACGGCUAUAUCAGUAUAGAUGGAGAGCGUGUUCCUUUUCAACCUUUCCAAGCGGAGGUGCAUAAGGGUUUGGGUACAGUACUGUCGAGGACUGGGCACAUGUAUGCAGCUCCUGGGCCUCUUUGA